AUGAUAUCAAGCAGAAACAUUACCAAAUUAGGAGUUAACUUAUCUAAGAGGUUUGACAAUACAUUUGCUGCAACAACAUCAAACCAAGAUCCAAUACUAGAAUUGCAACUCAAUGAGCUUUUUGCAUCUGAUAGUGGAGACGAUAAUAUGAAUGAUGAAUCUGACAGUUACAGUUCAGCAACAAAUUCAAGUUUUGAUGAAGAUGAAAUGUCUAAUGGAACAGAUGCUAUGGGAACUUUUGAAAUUACAUCAGGAGGGUAUUAUGAUAUAGGGGAUCCUGUCAUUGAAUGUCAAUAUUGUGGUGCAAAUAUGUGGUAUUCGGAAAGGAAAAACAAAUGUCGUCAUGCGUCCAAUCCUAAAUUUUCCAUGUGUUGUGGAUCAGGAAAAGUUCAGUUACCUUUGUUAAAACCCGCUCCUAAAGUUCUACAACAUUUGUUGUUUGACAACGAAUCAUGUGAAUCAAAAAAUUUCCAACAACAAAUUCGAAUGUACAACGUUAUGUUUGCAUUUACAUCUCCCGGUGCGAAAGUGGACAAUCGAUUUAACAACAGUAGAUGCCCUUCCAAUUUUCGUAUCCAAGGUCAAUCAUGUCACCGAAUAGGAAGCAUGUUACCGAUGCCAGGUCAAAAUCCACGAUUUGCACAACUAUAUGUUUAUGACACUGAGAAUGAAAUUGAAAACAGAAUGCAUGGAUUCAGGUCAAAAAGUGGAGUUGAUGUUAAUAUUGUGAGAAAACUAUCUGAAAGGUUAUAUGAACAUAAUGUUCAUGCACAAUCAUUUCGCAUGGCAAGGGACAGACUUUGUGAAGAAGGUGUUUCUGAUUUAAAACUUCGUUUAAUAUCUGAACAAAGAAAUGAUGGAAGGAUAUAUAAUCAACCAACUGUAUUCGAAGUAGCUGCUUUAAUUGUUGGAGAUGUCGACACUGCAGAAAAAAGAGACAUUAUAGUGCAAAAACAAUGUGGCGAACUUCAAAGGAUAGAUGAGUAUCAUACCAGUUAUUUAGGAUAUCAGUACCCAUUAUUAUUUCCAUAUGGUGAGGAUGGAUAUAGACCUAAUGUGAGGCACCGUGAUAAAGGGACAAAUAUUCGCCACUUCAUAGACAUAACACAGUCAGAACAGAACAAUAAAGAUAUUCCUUGGGAAGAAGCAACAAAGCGAAAUCGACUUACAAUAAGAGAGUGGUUGGACUUUAGAAUUCAAUUAAGAUCUAAUGAAGCACAAACAUUGUUGCGAUCAAGGAGACUUUAUCAACAAUUUUUGGUAGAUGGUUUUACAAUGAUGGAAUCAGAAAGACUUAGGUGGCUUCGAAAGAAUCAGUCAAAACUGAGGGUUGGCAAGUAUCACAAUUUGAAUGAAUAUAAUUCAAAUGGAGAAACGCACGGGUCAAACACAGGUAAGAGGGUUGUGCUACCUUCUUCAUACGUUGGUAGUCGUAGAUAUAUGGAUCAAUUAUACUUUGACGGAAUGGCAAUAUGCAGCUAUGUCGGAUUUCCAGAUCUUUUCAUUACAUUCACAUAUAUGUAUACAAUUGAGUUUCAAAAGAGAGGAUUACCACAUGCUCACAUCUUAAUUUUCCUCCAUCCAUCUAACAAAUAUCCAACUCCAAGUGAUAUUGAUCGCAUUAUUUCAGUUGAAAUACCUGACCAAGAUACCAAUGAAGAGUUGUAUAAUUUGGUUAAAACUCACAUGAUUCAUGGCCCGUGGGGAUUUGCAAAUCGAUCUUCACCGUGCAUGAAAGAUGGAAAAUGUUCUAAAUAUUUUCCAAAACAGUUUCAGCCCGAAACAAUUGUUGAUCAAGAUGGGUUUCCGGUAUAUAGAAGAAGGGACAAUGGACAUACAGUUCUUAAGAAUGGAAUUCAAGUCGAUAACCGGAAUGUUGUUCCAUACAAUGCAAAGUUGUUGAUAAAGUACCAAGCUCACAUAAACAUGGAAUGGUGCAAUCAAAGUACAUCGAUUAAGUACUUAUUCAAGUACAUCAACAAAGGUUACGACAGAAUCACCGCUGCCAUUGUACCGAAUGAUGAUGAAACUUCCAACCAGCCGCAAAAUAUUGAUGAGAUCAAACAGUAUAUUGAUUGUAGGUACGUUUCUCCGAGUGAAGCAUCUUGGAGGAUAUUCUCCUUUCCAAUCCAUGGUAGAAAACCAGUUGUUGAGAGACUGUACUUUCAUUGUGAAGGUCAAAAUUCGGUAUAUUACACUGAUUUUGAUCGUAUCAAUACAGUUCUGGAAAAACCAAGUGUAACUGAAUCGAUGUUUACAUCAUGGUUCGAAGCAAAUUGCAAGUAUCCUGAAACACAAAAUUUAACUUACAGCAAAUUUGUUUCAAAAUUUGUUUAUGUUAAGAAAAAAAGAGAAUGGAAACCCCGUCAAAAAGGUUACACAAUUGGUAGGCUUAUAUGGGUUCCUCCAAUAACUGGCGAAUUGUACUAUCUUAGAUUGAUGCUCACACAUGUCAAAGGCCCCCGCAGUUAUAAUAAUAUAAAAACAGUGAAUAACGUAAAAUAUGAUACUUUCCGGGAUGCCUGCUUUGCUAUGGGUUUUAUCGGCGAUGAUAGAGAAUUCAUUGCAGCUAUUAAAGAGGCAAAUCAUUGGGGUUCAGGUCAAUAUUUGAGAUUACUAUUUGUUCACAUGUUAUUAUCAGGCAGUAUUAACAGGCCAAAACAUGUAUGGAGUAAAACAUAUCAUCUCUUAGCUGAUGGAAUACUAUAUGCUCAACAGCGAAUUGCAAACAAUAGAGGUUUGAGGUUGUCGGAUGAAGAGAUAAUGAAUUUAACAUUAAUUGAGAUUGAACGAAAUCUUCAAAGGAAGAGCCGAAGUCUAAAGGAAUUUGCUGGAAUGCCUUAUCCAAGUGGAUAUGUGGUUGAGCAGUUGGGAAAUAAGCUCAUAUACGAAGAGCGGAGUUACAAUCCAGCCGAACAAUUGCAAGAAUACAAUAAUUUGUUCUUAAAUCUUACAGAUGAGCAAAGAGGUGUAUUCAAGCGAAUAAUGGAAGCAGUAAACAAUCAACAAGGAGGCGUAUUUUUUUUGUAUGGAUACGGUGGCACAGGGAAAACCUACAUGUGGAGAACUCUAGCUUCCUACAUAAGAUCAAAGAAACAAAUUUGUUUAACUGUUGCUUCAUCGGGCAUAGCCUCACUACUACUUCCAGGAGGUCGAACGACUCAUUCAAUGUUCAAGAUUCCAAUACCUACAAUGGAGUCUUCUACAUGUAAUAUCGACAAAGGUAGUGAUCGUGCAGAGCUACUAAAAAUAGCAAAGUUGAUAAUUUGGGAUGAAGCUCCAAUGGCACACAGAUUUUGUUUUGAAGCGUUUGAUAAAACCCUUAAAGACAUAAUGGGGUGUUCCAAUUGUUCUGACAAAUUAUUCAGAGGGAAAGUAAUUGUAUUUGGUGGAGAUUUUCGGCAAAUAUUACCAGUUGUACCAAGGGGCAGCCGUUCAGAUAUAAUACAUUCUACAAUAAAUUCAUCAUACAUAUGGGAUCAUUGUGUUGUGCUGAAGCUUACAAAGAACAUGCGACUCCAACAAGCCGACAAUACUUCAAGUACAUCUGAAUUAGAAUUGUUUUCUAAUUGGAUAUUAAAAGUUGGCGAUGGGAAAUUGGAAGAACCUAACGAUGGUUACACGGAUAUUCCUAUUCCAAAUGAUUUCUUAAUUUCUAACUAUGAUGAUCCACUAGAAGCCAUUGUUAGUGAAACAUAUCCGAAUUUUCUUAACAAUUACAAGAAUCCAGAAUUUUUGCAAUCAAGAGCUAUAUUGGCAGGAACAAUUGAAAUGGUUGACAUCAUAAAUCAAUACGUUUUGGGAUUCAUACCAGGUGAAGAAAAGGAAUAUUUAAGUUCUGAUUCUGUAGACACUUUUGACGGUGAAGGAAAUGAAGCUUUUGAUGUUUUGACCCCGGAAUUUUUGAAUACACUUACAACUUCCGGUCUACCUAACCACAAGAUUAAAUUGAAGAUUGGGACCCCUAUUAUGUUGCUUCGAAACAUUGAUCAACCUGAAGGUCUCUGCAAUGGACAAGGCUUAUAG